AUGUGCCAGUCUCAUAUAGUUCAGAAGGAAGAAUCAGAUGAGUGGUUUUCAUCUCUACAAUAUCUGAAUGCUAGUAUAAACGAUUUAUCUAUUUCUGAAUCAUUUUUAGAUAAUGGAAGUGAAUUUGGAGCCUUGAAUAAUGCAGCAAUUAAUGCCCUUGGAUGGAAAGCUGACAAGCCAUCUGACUUUGAUAUAAAAGUCAGUAUAAAGGAUAAGGAUGGUAAAACUGUUACAACUACUGGAAAUUUUACACGUAUUGAUAAUGGUGAACCUGAACCAAUGUUAUGUUUAGGUAUGUCAUGGAUUCGAAAAGUUCAAG